AUGCAGGAUAGAUACAUCUGCCACUAUGUUGACGAACCACAGCAAUCGAAAUGGUACCGGUCCACCUUCUGGAACGCCUUCAUCCUAGGAAUUUGUAACUUCUUAGCACCCGGUAUCUGGGGUGCCAUGAACUCACUCGGUGGAGGUGGUCAACAAUCACCAUCACUUGUCAACUCAGCGAAUGCUUUGACCUUUUGUCUCAUGGUCUUGACAUGCUUCUUUUCGUCUGUCAUCGUUCGAUGGGUUGGCGUCAAGUGGGCACUUAUCAUCGGUACCUUGGGAUACUGCCCAUAUGCCGCAGGCCUCUAUGUCAACAACCGCUAUGGAGAUGGCUGGUUCGUGCUCCUCGGUGCCGCACUGUGUGGUCUUUCUGCUGGCAUAUUCUGGUCUGUUGAGGCAGCUAUUGCACUUGCCUAUCCGGAACCUCACAAUCAAGGUCGCUUUCUCGGUUUCUGGCUCAGCUUCCGUCUUGGUGGUCAGAUCGUCGGAGGCGCCAUCAACCUAGGUGUCAAUGUUCACAAUAACAAGGCCGGCUCAGUCUCAUACCAUGUCUUCGAAGCCUUCAUCGCACUCCAAGCUCUUGCACCCUUUGCAGGUCUACUCUUGAGUCCACCUGAGAAGGUCCAGAGGACUGAUGGCUUGCCUGUCCGUCUGAGCAUCGGGAACAGUAUCUCGUACGAGUUGAAAGCCAUGUCCAAGCUCUUCUUUAGCAAGCAUUUCCUUCUGAUCGUGCCACUCAUCGCACAAGCUGUGUAUGCCGAAUCGGUCUUCUUUACCUUCCAGGCACUCUGGUUCAGUGUACGCGCUCGCGCUCUGGGCUCUUUCCUCUCUGGUGUUGUUGCCGUCACUCUCGGCAAUGUGCUCGGCAAGUUCCUCGAUCAUACCAAGUUCAGCCUCAAGUCUCGGUCUCGAGGUGCCUUUUUCACGAUCUUGGGAUUGCAAGGCGCAUGGUGGAUCUGGGCGACUAUUCUGGUCACCGAGUUUAACAAAACCAACCCAACCUAUGACUGGGUAGAUGCAGGCUUUGGUAAAGGAUUUGCCCUGUUUUUGUUCUGGGUUGCCGGGUUCCAGCUGAACUACAUGUUCCUUUACUUUGUCGUCGGCAAUCUUGCAGAGACACAAGACGAGAUCAUUCGUAUCUGCAGUCUUCUUCGUGGUACCGAGUCAGCUGUCCAGGCGGUCAGUUAUGGUCUCGGAAGCGUGUCAGUCAUGGCAAGAACUGGAAGCAUCUAUCUCAAUUUCGGCCUCUGGGCGGUAUCACUCUAUCCAGCAUGGUUGGUAAUCUCCAAAUUCGGUGACUCGUUGGGUGACAAGAAGUUGGCUCGUGAGGAGGCCGUACAAGAAAGCGUGCUCAACAGUCUUCAGUCAAGUCAACAGGAAGAAAAGUAA